GGGACUUCAUAUUUUUCAGUUCCCUGACACCGACGUGCUUAACUCAAGAUAUUUCAGUCAAUUCUCAACAGCAGGUGGAAAAACAACAGCACUCACAUUUCUAAUUUUGGCUGCCAUUUUGAAUCUCCAACCAUGUGGCUCUACGAUGUUAUCCUGACUUUGGACGUCAAGGGGAUUCUUUUGUUUAUCUUUUCCUUCCUUUUGAUAGCCGACUUCAUUAGGAACCGGACACCAGCAAACUUUCCUCCAGGACCGAAGGCUCUCCCCUUUGUGGGGAACAUCUUAAGUUUGGACACCAAACAUCCUCAUGUUUGUUUCAGCAAGUUGGCUGACAUCUACGGGAACGUAUUCAGCUUGCGCCUUGGCCGGCAGUCCGUAGUGAUUGUGAGCAGCCACAAGAUGGUGAAAGAGGCCAUCGUGACACAAGCCGAGAACUUUGUGGAUCGGCCACAAAAUGCAGUCUUUGACAGGUUUUACACUGAGCCCUCAGGUGGUCUUUUUAUAAGCAAUGGAGAGAAAUGGAAGAAACAGAGACGUUUUGCUUUAUCUACUUUACGCACCUUUGGCCUGGGCAAAAACACGCUGGAGCUCAGCAUCUGUGAGGAGAUCCGACACCUGCAGGAGGAAAUAGAGAGUGAGAAAGGUAAACCUUUCAGCCCAGCAGGCCUCUUUAACAAUGCCGUCUCCAACAUUGUUUGCCAACUUGUCAUGGGAAAAAGAUAUGAAUACAGUGACCACAAGUUUCAGACGAUGUUGAAGUGCAUAUCUGACGGUGUUCGGCUUGAAGGAAGCAUAUGGGGUCAGCUUUAUGACGCAUUUCCUCAAGUGAUGAAAUACCUGCCAGGUCCUCACAACAACAUUUUUAGCAAUUAUAACGCAGUAAGAGAGCUCCUUCUCGAGGAAAUACAAAAGCACAAGAAGGAUCUGGAUCCCAGCAACCCCAGAGACUACAUCGACACUUUCCUCAUUGAAAUGGAGAACCAAAAAGACUCUAACCUGGGCUUCACAGAGAACAACCUGGCUUUCUGCUCGUUCGACCUCUUGGUGGCAGGAACAGAAACAACAGCCACCACGUUGCUUUGGGCUUUGCUUUACCUAACAAAAUACCCUGAAGUUCAAAGUGAGUGACUUUCUACAGCGCCU